AAAGGACGCCAUAUUGUACAUUGAAAUGUCAAAAAUUAUUUUGAGCUGUCAUCUGUCACUUAGAAUUUAGGUUAUUGAAAUACGCGUUCGAGAUAAAAGAUUUUAAAUAAAAUCAGGAUGAACAAAGAGGAUGAUGAAUUUUGGUUCAGUAGCGAAAAGCGAUCUUUCUGCUUCGAAAACAACGAGGUGGAUCAGCUGUUCGGAGUGUCGAAAAACGAAACUCAAAAACUGUGGGCUGGAAUUUCAGAUAGAUCUCUUGCCGAAAGUAAUCUUAAAUCUACAGAUGAUCUUCAAACGACAAAACCAUUGUUCUCGAUCAUAUCUGAAAAGACACUUUUAUGUAUUUUAGCUGCAGACAAGUCACUGGAUGUAAAUACAGAAACAACUAUUGAACAGCCGGACAUUACUUUGAGAAAGAUAUUGCUUGGUCGACCGUACUCGUUAGAACAAUAUAAGUCUCUCGCUAGCAAAACUGCCCUAUUAGAUGCUGCUAUUUCAAGUGGAGAUGGAAAUGCUGUUUUGAUAAUAAUUUUAUUUCUUACAAAGACUUUGAAACGAUCAUUUGUUCAACGAUUAUUAGUAGAGAGACCAGAAGCAGUAAAUAUAUAUAUACAUUAUCUUUUUAUAAGACUGCAAACAAGUGAAAUAACUGAUAUUUUAACAAUGCUGGGUUAUUCUUUGACUGCUGCUAUGAAGAAUCUUCAUAUUAUUCUAAAAAACACAAGAGAUCCAAAUAGACUGCUGCAAAAGCUUCACAAUUGUCAGAAAGCACAUUUUGCUAUGUUACCUGAUUGUAAAGAAGCCACAUUUUUGGACUCUUACAUUAAAUUAUUGGAAUGGCAAAUGACGGUUAAACAUAACAAGGACAAUGAAGAGCUGCCACUGAACUCUUCUAUUCGAGAAUCUCUGCAUUAUGCAUGCAAACAUCACUGCAAUACACCAAACACAUUUGUCACGAUAUCACCCACAACGCUCUCUCGAGACCAUGACAUUUCUCCUAGACUGCAUCAAAAAGUCGCUUUACAAGUUAAAGCCGCCCACGGAAAAUGGGACGACAUCGAUCGUUUGCUUUUAACAAAAGGAAUACUUGGUAAUACAAAGCUACAGACGCACAUGUACAUAGAGGAUAUUUUGAAAGUACUGUACAAACACAAUGCAACAUGCGCCGUUCUCGAAAAGUAUUUAAAAUUCGUCGACAAUUUAGAGAAACGAUUGGAGUUGGCAAAGAAAUUAUCCUGUCAUACAAUAAUAAUCGAUAUAUUUGUGCAACAAGGGGACCGCACAAUGCUGAUGGAUUACAAAGCGAAAUUGCAACCUCAAUCAGAAGAAUAUUUUUAUGCUGAAAGUGCAUUACGUUUGCCACAUGUCAAAUGGAAGAGUUAAGUCUGUUGAACAUAUAAUUAAUAAAUUAAUAAACAUAAAAGAUAUAUGUAA